GCGCGUCGCUCGCCUCUCCCGCCAGAUUCGCUGUGGACAAUGGUGCCGCGUCAGUAGUUUUUGCACGACACACGGAUUGGUCAAGAGUUAACCAGCCAGUGAUGUGAUGACGCAGGCCCGUGAGCCCCUCGGCAUCAUGGACGGCAACCCAACUGACUUCUCCACCAAGACCAAGCGCGGAGUCUACCUCUCCAAGAGCCUCGCUUUCGUCGUCCUCGUCAUCUUCGCCCUAGCCCUUGUUGCCACCUCCUUCAUCGUCUACAACUUCGCAGCCUGCCCCAGGACUGACCAGCUCGCCAAUGUCACCAAAUAUGAGCUCAACCACUGUGACACAUCCAAACAAUUAUUAGUUAUACCUUUAACUACUGAACAUACCAAAAGUGUUAUUCCUUUAGAUACUACUCCUACACCAGAAGGUGAAGUUGAUGAAGAUGAAAUAACCAUCCAGGAUGUAAGACUACCGACUUACGUCAAACCUGAGAAAUACUUCUUGAAACUAACUCCUUAUAUUUAUGAAGGCAAUUUCACCUUUGACGGAUUUGCUAGUAUAACAUUAAAUGUUAAAAAUCAUACUAGGGUUUUGACUUUUCAUGGAGUGGAACUAACUUUUAAAGAUAUUAUCUUGUAUCAGAAAGAUACAGGAAGGCGAAUAAAGAUUGAUCAGAGGACAGAAGAUGUGCCGCGACAAUUUCAUAUAUUGAAACUGGUUGACACAUUACUUGUAGGAAAACAGUAUGUGUUGAAUAUAACGUAUACGGGGAUACUGAAUGAUAAUCUUCACGGAUUUUAUAGAAGUUCUUAUGAAGAAAAGAAUGUUAAAAGAUGGAUAGCCGUGACGCAGUUCCAAGCAACGGACGCCCGCCGCGCGUUCCCUUGUUGGGACGAACCAGCCCUAAAAGCCCGGUUUACUAUCAGCAUCGCUCGUCCAAGGAACAUGACAUCAGUGUCUAAUAUGAACAGCGUUGGGUCGCAACCACACGACUCCCUCAAGGAUUACACCUGGGACCACUACGCCGAAUCCCUCCCGAUGUCAACCUACCUCGUUGCCUUCGCCGUCACCGACUUCGGCAAGAAAAGCGACAGCAAUUUCACCGUCUGGGCCCGAAAAGAAGCGUUGCAAUCAGCCUCUUACGCCCUGGAGAUAGGCCCGAAGAUCCUGCGGUACUUGGAGGAUUAUUAUAAGAUUAAAUUCCCGCUGCCGAAGAUAGAUAUGAUUGCGUUGCCGGAUUUCAAGGCCGGCGCUAUGGAGAAUUGGGGGCUUUUGACCUUCAGAGAAAUCGCCAUGCUAUACGAUAGCAGCAACUCGCCAACGACAGCCAAAGCGCGCGUCGCAGCAGUAGUGGCUCAUGAAAUAGCUCACCAGUGGUUCGGGAAUCUGGUGACGCCAGCCUGGUGGUCGGAUAUCUGGCUGAAUGAGGGCUUCGCGUCUUACGUGGAAUACGUCGCUGUUGAUGCUGUGGAAAAAACCUGGAAGCUGAUGGAAGUAUUCGUACUGAACGAAGUGCAGAGCGUGUUCAAGCUGGACGCUCUAACUUCUUCUCACCAGAUCUCCGUGGAGGUUGGCAACCCUGAGGAAAUCGGCGCCAUUUUCGACAAGAUCUCGUAUGGAAAAGGCUCCGCCAUUCUCCGCAUGAUGAACCAUUUCCUAACCGACGACGCUUUCAACGCUGGCAUCACUGAUUACCUGAACGCCAAAAUGUAUGGCGACGCCGAACAGCGCGACCUUUGGAGCGCCCUCACCGCCGCUGCUAGGAGGAAAGGCGCUUUUGACGCUGAUGUAGCUGUGGUCAUGGAUUCUUGGACAUUGCAGACUGGUUUUCCAGUCCUCACUAUUACUAGAGACUAUAACAAUGGCAUAGUUUCUUUUAAACAGGAGCGCUUUGUCCUGAUCAACAAUGGCGAAAGCAAAGAGUCCCCAGUUUGGUGGAUCCCGAUAUCUUACACAACGACAACAGAGUCCGACUUCGAGUCCACGAGGCCUAAACUCUGGUUGCGAGGAGAGAAGUCGAAGGUUGUCAGGAAUAUUUCCAUUGCAAAGGAUGACUGGCUGAUUGCUAAUAUUCAGCAGACAGGCUUCUAUCGCAUUAACUACGACCAGCGUAACUGGCAGAUGCUCAUCAAAAUCCUUAACGACCCAAAACGCUUCCAAGAGAUCCACCCCAUCAACAGGGCUCAGAUCGUCGAUGAUGCCAUGAACUUGGCCCUGGCUGGAAGACUUGACUACAAAACGGCCCUAGACAUCACCAGUUACCUCGUCCAUGAGAGAAGUUAUGUGCCGUGGAAAGCGGGACUAGUGGCCCUAGGUUACAUCGACACUAUGCUGUCUAAAGGAGCUUAUUAUCUAGAGUACAAGCGUUACGUGCUCAAACUCCUGGACGGAGCAGUGAAGGAGAUAGGCUGGGACGUGGCGGCAAACGAGAGCGUAGUCCGGGCACAACAGCGGGUGGAUCUGCUGUCUACGGCUUGCCAUCUGGAACACGAGGAAUGUUUGAGGACCGCUGUCAUCAAGUAUACGAACUGGAUGCUCACGCCGAACGCUGAUGCUUUGAAUGACAUCCACGCGGACAUUCGCAGCACGGUCUACUGCGUGGGAGUUCAAACCGGCAACGCCCGUGAAUGGGACUUCGCGUGGGACCGCUUCAGAGCGGCCAGCUCGCCUUCUGAACGAGAGUUGCUACUAUCAGUGCUAGGUUGCACGAGAGCACCUUAUCUUUUGUACAGAUAUCUGGAGUUGUCUCUUCGAAACGACAGCGGCAUACGUAAGCAGGACACUCUGCGUGUGUUCUCCGCUGUGGCAAGUUCCGCCAUCGGCCAGCCCAUAGCCUUCAACUUCGUUCGGGCCAACUGGCAGAGGCUCAAGGAGUUUAUUGGCUCAGCUGCUACCCUUGCCUCCAUCGUUAAGGUGGUGACAAGAAGAUUGAAUCAACCGCAUGAAUACGAAGAGCUAAAAAGAUUCGUGACAGAAUACUGCGCUGAGCUCGGCCGCCCAGUCCAGCAAGUUCUAGAACGAACAGAAGCCAACGUCCAAUGGAUGCAGAAGAACUACCAGCCUAUCGUUGAUUGGCUGCUAGCCGCGGACAAAGCCAGUGCUAAAGCGUGAUUGGUCGGAUUCUAAUGCUUUGUAAAAAUGUUAAUAGCCUGAGAUAAAACAUUGAAAGACCUUGAGGUUUUACAGAAUAUCGUACAUUGGUCUUUUAAAGUGCGUUUCUGCCUCUUGUACCUACGACUACGUAGUUAUUAUACGUGUACAGUUAUCGAUGGACUAGUCCAACUAAAUUGUAAUUUAGAAAGGUAUAAAGAUCAGUGUACGAAAUUCUUAUAUCUCGAUCACCACUUUUUGAGUAAACAAACACUGUUGUUUGACACCAAAAAGAUUUCUCGUGUCUCAGAAUCUGAUGCGUAUGGUGCAAAAACCACUACGAUUAGAAGAAUAACAUCAAGAAGCGCGCAAUAUCUUUUUAGAGGAAGAUAUUGACUCCAACAUUUUUGAGAAACCAAAAACAAAUCCUCUCAAAUCUGCCACACUACGCCUUUAAAAACUGUCUAUUGAGCAAGAAAUGUGGCAUAAUAAGAUAUCGUUGGCUAAAAUCGCAAAACUCCUAACUCCUGGAGUAAAUACCUGCAAUGGGACACAACAAUAGGUGGGAACGAAAGAUCCUGUCUCUGUUUCUCUCUCCAACCUAUGACUGUAGAUACCGUAAUUGGUAGUGCGAUUUCGUAGCCAAGCAGUAAGAAAUUUACGACUUUGGUCCUAAGUGUUUAAAACAAAUGGAGUUACAAAGUUUGAUAUUUCAACCGACGAAUUAUUUAUAUUUUUUUGCUAGGUCGUACAGAAGGCCUCUGUCAAUGUGUCUUAGAAAUGUCGGAUAUACGAAUAAGAUAAUUAGGAGUAAUUUUCUACUUAUAUCAGUCACAAUUUAGUAAUAUUGUACUAGUCAAGUAUUUCAUCGGUUCACGGACUCUCUUAUUGAUACCAAAGUUCAUUUUAUAUGUAAUAUUAAUGGAUUUUGAAUUUUCACGGACCAAACACAAAAUGUUCAACUUUAGCACGCAUUCAUUCGUUGUUCGACAAAUAUAAUUUUAAUAUUAGAUAGUUAAAAUCACAGAUGUCAUACAUACCUUAGAUUAAUCAAACGUAUCUAUUUACUUAGCGUGUCAAAUGAACUCAGUAAAAUACACUGAGUUGUCCGUCUUUAAUGCUUGAGCAGCUUUCGGGCAUCAAUUUUUGUAAGUUGAAGUCAACAAAAACAUAAAAAAUGCCUCGCUACGUGAUAUUUAAUUGCAACAACACAAAAAUUAUGAACACUCAAGGGUCUGAGACAUAU